CGAGUUCAGUUCAGGUGCAAAGAUCCUCGAUUGAGGACGCGACAGUCCUGAUAAUCGGGACACUAUGACAGGCGGCGAGGGGUCCCCGGUCAAUCUCCUCAACCACUGUAACACGAACACCUCCGGGGAGUACGCGUACAGUGACGAAGAUGAGAAGACUGCGGACACCUUAUAUAGCACCAUGAAGCAGAUGACGACUGACCUCCCGGGUAAGGGGCUUAGACGGAGGAAGGUCAUGCACGCGGCCAAAGAAACUUUCGACAAGGCAUCGCGUCUCCUCAGACGAAAGAUACCAUGUACUGGCCACUUGAUGACCCCCCGCCGCCUAUGGAUACAAAAGGUUCCAACACAGGAAUGCGACGUCGUGAUGAUGUUCCCAAGUGGAGCGAGCGACGAAACUCUGAUGUGGCUCCUACGUAGACUACGGGCUGGAACCCCGGGCCUAGUGGUACACGUACGACAUCAUGCUUCAUCAGACAGUUACGGGUUCUACUUAACAGCCCCUUUUAGCGUAUUAUUGAAAGCCGCUGAAGAAGUACAUUUGCCAAAGACGCUACGCCAGGAGUUUGGCGGUGGUCUGAAAGAGUUCGUGGGCUCCGAGGCGAGCUGCUUCGAGGGGAACGACGACGAAGCUCAAUUCUUUACCACCCAGGAACGACAGUCCCUGGUCCUGCACCUGCUGCACACCCUCAGAGCGGGACCGCAGGAUCUCCACAGUCUGCCCGGCCUCAAGAUGGUGGAAGGACAGGCAAUCAUUCCGAAAUGCAUUUCUUCGGGGAUCAUUUCGCAGGUCUUCCCUCUUCACGAGUUGCCUGCUCUGGAGAAGUUACAGCGAACGUGGGUACGCGCGUUUCUCAGCCCUCAACCCUUGGACGACAUUUGUAAAUACUUUGGGGUGAAGAUUACCAUGUACUUCGCGUGGCUCGGACAUUACACCACCGCUCUGAUCGUUCCUGCUGCAUUGGGUGCCAUAUAUUGGAUCGGCAUCAUCGGCAGGAAUCAAGCGGUGGAAGACGUGGCGUACGUUCUGUUCUCCGUCUUCAACGUAAUCUGGGCCACGGUUUAUCUGGAAACCUGGAAGAGGAGAGGCGCCGAAUUGGCCUACAGGUGGGGUACUUUGGAUCAAAGAGACGACCUACUUAUCGAGCCUAGGCCCUUGUUCACGGGCACCUUGGAAAUCUCACCUGUAACUGGAAGACUGGAGCCAACGUACCCCAGGUGGAAGAGAAAUAUGUGUCGAUACUUUUUGAGCGUUCCAAUAAUUGCAGCAUGUUUGUUCUUCGUUUUCAUCGUGAUGAUCUGGAGCUUCCAAAUACAGGAAUGGUGGGACGCUCGUCUGGAGUCCGCUGGAUACGGGUUUUGGCUGAGCUACAUGCCAAAAAUUUUGCUCGCCGUGGUGAUAACGUUAAUGGACGAGGCUUACUUCAAAGUCGCCGUAUGGUUGAACGACAUGGAAAACUAUCGGCUAGACACCGAGUACGAGAAUCAUCUGAUCUACAAGGUGGCACUGUUUCAGUUUGUAAACUCCUUCCUAUCGCUAUUUUACAUCGCCUUCUACAUACAAGAUCAAGAGAGGCUGAAAGAGCAACUGGCCGCUCUGCUGAUAGCUCGGCAAGUGAUCGGGAAUCUGAAAGAAUCCGCGGUGCCGUACCUGAUCGAGCAGCUGCGUUUGGCGCGCAUGAGCUUCGAGCUCUUCGGCGCCCUGAGCCCGAGCGAGGACAGACCGCCUCCAGGUGACGAGAACGACGAGAACCGGAAGGAGUCCGAGGACAAGAGCGAACGAUCGGAUGGCGGGAAGGGCAAGCAGCCGAGAAACGUCAGCCAGGCAGAGCUUGAAAGUUCCCUCUACAGAGUAGGGCAUCCCACUAAUUCUCUACUUAGUGACGUUACGUUCAAGUACGACGGGGCGUUUUCAGAGCAUCUGGAAAUGCUAUCGCAACUCGGAUACGUCUGCCUAUUCUCUUCGGCGUUCCCAUUGGCUGCCAUGGCUGCGCUGCUCGGUAAUCUCCUCGAGCUGCGCGGCGAUGCUUUCAAGCUUUGCUUCGUCCUCCAGCGGCCCUUCGGCCGGAGGGUCUCCAACAUCGGAACUUGGCAAAACGCUAUGGAGGCGAUGGGUCUGGUUGCGAUUCUGGUGAAUUGCGCGCUGAUAGGACUGAGUGGCCAGGUGCAGAGAAUGUUCCCAGAGAUGUCGGCUACUCAGACGAUCCUCUUGAUAGUCGCCUUGGAGCACAUCAUGCUGGCGAUACGGUUUAUUAUAAUCUGCGCGAUCCCCGACAUUCCGCACUGGGUGGCCACCGAAAUGGCCAAGGUGGAGUUCUUGAGGAGGGAGGCUGUCAGAAGGCUCUCCUCGACUCCGUCGCCGGAGCAGCAGCCGGUCACGGUGAUAGGGAGAUUCGUGGUGAGUCCAGCAGACGGUGAGACGGAAGAGCAACAGCUGCUUUCCGAACGUUCCGGCGACGCGACGACGCCCAGCCUCCCGGACACGCUGACCCUGACGUCUACCACCCAGACGCCCAGCAGCCCUCCGACGCCCAGCGUCGCGUCGGUGCCGAGAAUCUCCGAGACACCGUCCGCGGCUCAGACCCCUGGCAGCGCGUCCAGCAGCGACAUAGGUACUCCUUUCCUGACUGAAACUAACAUGGGCAGCAUUCGCGACCUUCACAUUUCACCCAGAUGCUCGAUUCCUGGCGGAGAACGAGGUAGACGUUCGAGAGACUGGUUAACGAGCGAACCAGAGGCGUCGGGAGGUGCCGAUCACUACAGCCAUCAUUUAACGAUCGGACCUCACGGAGGCGUGGACUGGGUCAGGAGGUUAGGUCUGGAGGCUGGAGGCCGGAAGUCCAGCGACUCUGAGAUCAGCGGAGCUGGUACCGUAGGCGGAAGCGGAGACGAGGCGAUUCAUCUUCACCGAUCCACCGAUUGCAUCGUCUCGAAAGAUCUUGCUUCUUCGUCGGACAGCGACCUCCUCAGGUCUGCUCCGCCGUGGACGAUGGCGCACAGGAACCAAAAGUUCCGGUUUUCGCCAGAGAGGGAGAAGGAGCGAGAAAAGUCGGAGAAACAGCAGUACCAGCUCCAUCAACGUGAGAUAUACGAGCACAGACAGCAACAAGCGGAGAAAGAGAAAGAGAAAGAGAAAGAGAAAGAAAAAGAAAAAGAAAAAGAGAAAGAGAAAGAGAAAGAGAAAGAGAAAGAGAAAGAGAAAGAGGCGGCCGCUCAAUCGAGCUCCAGCAAGCCAAACUCCAGCCAAGAAGAGGACAAGUCGAACAAGGAGGAUCGGCAGGCCAAGAAGAGGAGGAUGAAGGAGACCCUGGUGAAGAGGGCCAGGUCCGUGGCCGUGUUCUCGUUGAAGCUGAAGGAGCACAGGAGCAAAGCGGAAAAGGCAGCGCAUAAAGCGGAGGAGGCCGCGCUUAGAGAAGAAGAGGGCAGGUGGCACCAAUCGCCCACCUGCGUCGGCGGCGAGCUCUCCUGCAUCCCCAUAGAGAAGCUUAUAUCCGUGGAUGACAUCGCAGCCUUGGAACAACGCAGACAUAAUCAUUAGCCGCUUGACGUUUCACUUCCGUUUCACACGCUACGUAGAAACAUUCGUCUACGCCAGUGAUACUCGCUACGGAACGAAUGUUGCAGUGGCGUAACCAGCAAUUCCGGAGGGAGAAGGUGCCUUUUCGGCGGAAAUGUUCGAUCCCACCCCCCCUCCGUGUCGUGUUUAAUCUUAGGCAAAGAUGAUGUGGUAUUUUUAAUUUUUCAAGGAUACGAUGAUACCAACAAAACUUGUAAAGCAAUAAGUGUUAGAUUAAACGAAAAAUUUUUGUAUGAAAAUGUUUCUGGUAACGACGAUUAUGGAACUUCCCCUUGUAUUCGCUGUUUAUUAAAGAGCUUCUAUCUACCAGAGAGAGAGAGAAAAAAAACCAUGAAACUUGUACAGUUAAAGAAACAAUCAAAGAUCGACUGGCCGAUUACCUUGGUUUUUUUUUUUUUAUUGGUUGACGGAAAAGUCUGGCAUUUAGUUACGCCACUGGAAUGUUGUUGAGUUGCUUUUGUGAUACCCGGUCUCGGAUCUUGCUCAACAUUCGAGGCAAAGUCGAUGACAAAUUAGAAAGAGAAAGUGGAGUCUAUCGUUUGAUCUGUCAUUUCAUUAACGAGAUUCAUGAGGAGGAAAGGGCAUUAAGAUCGUUUUUUGGUUAUCGUUUUCUUUUCUUUGAGAGACACCUGAGUCUGUUUUUGCCCCACCGUCCUGAAACUAUUCGUGGAUCCGUCUUUAAACGAACGAAUUUUUAACGAAAUCGAACUAAUGUUUCAUUUGUUUAUCAGGCCGAUGUUGUACAAGCAACGUUGGAUAAAUCUUCUGUUGUCCAUCUAUUUAAAAUUAAAACCUAUUCCCUCGCGAGUACUAUUUUUCCCGUAAACAAUGAAAACAACGUUGCCCUGCCGCAACGGAUGCGUGUACAAAGAGUGGGGACAGCACAGGACGGAAACAAAACGUUUACGAUACGAUAUUAUUUUUAAUUAAAUUUGUACAUCAAUUGGAAACUCUAAUAUCAACUUAGCCAGUAUAGCAAGGAACGUAACAGUGAUCGCGAGACCGAUACAGACAAACUCCGGUAAUGAAGAUCCUGUAUCGCUCUCGCGGUCGUAAAAAAUUCUCACUUUCCCUGCCACACUGGCUGAAUUUUUAUACGACCGAGCAUAACGAUUGCUACGCGUUAAUUGUAAUAUCAACGUUUAACGAAAAAUUGCUCAACUUUCGAGAUAAUGUACCCUCGGUUUCGCUCGGGAUUACGAUUCGUAAAGUUGACACGGCCUCCGACGGACGGCGCUGCUUUAUAAUUCUCUGUCGGAACUCUGACCGGAAGUGAUCGAUCGAUCGAUCCUGUCGAUCGAUCGCUGGCAUCGGGUUUACGCGAAAUUCCUGUUCGUGUACCACGUUCAUCGAUCGCGAGCUGCGAAACGAAACGGAUAGUUUUGAAUUUUCGAAGUUCUUUCGGAUCCAUUUGACAAAAUUUCGUGUGAGUAUCAUUCGCGUACGCGAAACGCGCGCACCGGAAAGCUCACGUGGAACAAUGAAAAUGCUAAUCGGGCGACGCGAUCGAGAGGAUUUUCUUUCGUGGCGAUUAGCAACAUUGGGAAAGAAGAAUCGACGAACACGAACAAAAAGAAACGGCGCACAAAAUAAAAUCAGUCACCACGAAUUCUAGACGACGUUCUAUAGGAAAACAGUUUAGAGUGUCAUCGUUUAAGAUCACAUUUUUUGGUAGAAUUAGUCGAUACCUCGGCAUCGUAGAGUGUAAACUCCGAGAAGAUUGUUGUUCGAUUUCCUUGCGAUUCGACGAACUCGAAGAGAAAACAGAAAAAUCCACGGCUUUGUACGACGUUUUCGCAACGAAUAGGUUUCGAAUUUGGUGAAUUAUACGCACAUCCUUGUUUCUUUAUCGCGCGACGUAAUCGAACGCUAAACGACGAUCCCACCGUACUUUUCUUUUUUACCGUAGUUGUACAUUUCUCAAUCGCCAAACUCGACCGCUGGCAUGUUUAAACAAAAGAAUAAAAUACCAAAAGUAUCUAAUUUUAGUUACUUUACUAAAUAAUUAAUUACUCUCUACGAGCACGCCUAUCGAUUAACCGAGUUGAUUGAAAUUUUUUCGUUCGAUGAAACACCGUACGUCAAAAAGCGACGAUACUUUCUUUUUGCUGCUCGAUCGAGAAGUGAAGAGAAGGAAAACCGUGAACCCUUGAAAGGAAGAGAAUAGCUCGACAAGCGACAAAGCCUAGAAACUGUUCUCGCGUGUGUCGCAGUCGAAACGUGAACUUGAUCUAUGUUCGCAUUCGUUAGCGAAUGUACAUGCAGCAAAAGUGUACAUACAUUUUAUAUGUUUUCUCAUUUGACGAUUCUCGUCGUAAAACUUGUACAAUUUCACCUAGAAAUUGACCCUUUCUGAAUCUUCCCUAAGGGUAAACAAAACCACGUGGUUGUUACAUAUCCGCUACUUUACUCUCACAAGAAGUACAGUGGGCGUAGAAUGUAUUCGUACACCGAUCAAUUUCUCAAAAAACUUUUCUGUGAAAUUGUAGUUUCUUGACUUCUUUUUGUACAAUCAAUGAUAUUUUACAUAUUCUCGGAAGUCUCUAAGAUAGAUAUAGUCCAAACAACAUUUACUAAUUGAUAUAAUUUGUGAAAUUAACAAAAAACAUGGGAAAAAUGGGUAAAAGUAUAGAAGUAAUAAGUAUUUGUACGAUUCUUAUGACGAACCAUUUACAUUUGUAACGUAAACACAUUAGUUUAUCGCUCCGUACCAAUUAGAAAACAUCAAAUUUCCAGUAAAGUACUUUUAAAAAUGCCUCUAAUAGAGGAAUGGAAGAAGAUCCCACUUCUUAUUAACUUCUAACUAAUAAUUUAGUUAAUUUAAUGCUUGGAAGAGUUACGAUAAUUAUAAAAUCAAAAGGAAAUCCCACGAAGGAAGUAUUACACACUUGUAAAUUAAUGUAAAUUUCUUUUUUUUUUUUUAAUCAAGUUUUAAAAAUUAAACAGUUGUGCGAAUACUUAUUGCUUCAACAUUUCUAUCGAUUAAUUGUUUUUUUCUUGUUAAUUUCGCAACUUACAUAAAUAGCUAUUUCUUUUUUGUACUCUAUCUAUUCUAGAGAUUUCCGAGAAUAUGUAGAAUGUCAUUGUUUAUAAAGAAUAAGUUAAUAAAUUACAAUUUUACAUAGUUUUUUUUUGGAAAUUGAUCGGUGUACGAAUACUUUCUACAUCCGCUAUAUACCGUUCAAGUAUACAUUCGCCAGUGAAUGCACGCGGUUGCAGUUCACAUUUAAACUGUGACAAUAUGCAGCAAAUUGUUUCCGAUCAGGAUAGAGACACGAUAGAGAUAUUUGGUUCCAUGGCCUAGCCAACGUCCCCCGUCCGCUGCUAACGUAGCACACCGAGGCACUUUCUUACGUUCAGACUUUUUAACGACCACCGAUCCACCGUGACUAGCUGAUUAGCGUUAUAAAUAGACGCCCGUGACGACAUUCGAGCACCGUUAAGGCAAAAACCUGUAUCGCAUCGUACUUUAGCGCGCCCUUUGGGAACCGCAUGACUAGAAAUCUGCGAAGUCGAUAGUUUAGACGCUUUCGUGAGGCGAAGUUUUAAAGUGUCAGCGGAACGCAUCUAUGUUUGUUAGAUGUUUUGUAUAAAACAGGAACUGAGCCAAUAAAAACAUUCUACGAACUAACGAA